AUGGAUGAAUCAGGCUUCCUGGAGAGAACAACCUGGCAGUCCCACUUGCUCGUGAUGGGAAUGUUGUCACAUCUGCCAGUCAUCAAGCCCUGGGACCAAACCCAGGCUGCUCCUUUCAGCUACAGUGGUGUGCUCAUGGCCAUUGGCACCAUCACAACCACCACCCUCACCACCCUCACCACCGUCAUUAUCACUACCAUCCACUCAAUGCUCAUUACAUCCUAUGCUGUUCUUGACACUGUGUUCUCAGGCCUCUCCUGUGGCUUUGAUGGGCUGAGCGUGCUGCGAUUUAUCCAGAACUCUGAGGGAGGCUAUGGACUGGUCUUCCCAGAGCUGAUGCUGCUGAGGCCCAGCAUCGGUGACAAGUACAUGCUAGGUUCCAGGAUUGCCGCAGGGCCCAAAACACUCAUGGUGGUUGUGUUCGUGCUCUGCCAUGGCCUCCUGCAGCUCUGUCAGCUCCUGUACAGCGCCUACUUCAAGAGCAGCCUCACCACCAUCGAGAAGCGCUUUGGGCUCUCCAGUUCCUCCUCAGGGCUCAUUUCCAGCUUGAAUGAGAUCAGCAAUGCCAUCCUCAUCAUCUUCGUCAGCUACUUUGGCAGCCGGGUGCACCGUCCACGGCUGAUUGGCAUUGGGGGUCUCCUCCUAGCUUCGGGUGCCUUUGUCCUCACUCUCCCACACUUCCUCUCAGAGCCCUACCAGUACACCUUGACCAGUGUUGGGAACAGCAGCCGCUUCCAAGCUGAGCUCUGUCAGAAGCACUGGCAGGACCUGCCCCCCAGUAAGUGCCACAGCACCGCCCGGGACUCCCGGAAGGAGACCAGCAGCAUGUGGGGUCUCAUGGUGGUCGCCCAGCUGCUGGCAGGCGUUGGGACGGUUCCCAUUCAGCCAUUCGGGAUCUCCUACGUGGAUGACUUCUCUGAGCCCAACAACUCACCCCUGUACAUCUCCAUCUUAUUUGCCAUCUCUGUAUUCGGGCCGGCUUUCGGGUACCUGCUGGGCUCCGUCAUGCUGCAGAUCUUCGUGGACUACGGCAGAGUGGACACAGCUGCAGUUAACCUGAGCCCCGGAGACCCCCGGUGGAUUGGAGCCUGGUGGCUCGGGCUGCUCAUCUCUUCAGCCUCCUUGGUUCUCACCUCUUUCCCCUUUUUUUUCUUUCCUCGAACAAUGAUCAGGGAAGUGGAGAGGUCUCCUGCCAUAGUGGACGAGGCAAGGAAGAUGGACGAGGUCAAGCCAAGAAGCUCCCUGCUGGAUUUCAUUAAACGGUUUCCCCGCAUCUUCCUGAGGUUGCUGAUGAACCCGCUCUUCAUGCUGGUGGUCCUGGCCCAGUGCACCUUCUCCUCUGUCAUUGCCGGCCUCUCCACAUUCCUCAACAAAUUCCUGGAGAAGCAGUAUGGUGCCUCCGCAGCCUAUGCCAACUUCCUCAUCGGUGCUGUGAAUCUCCCUGCCGCGGCCUUGGGGAUGCUGUUUGGAGGAAUCCUCAUGAAACGUUUCGUUUUCUCUCUGCAAACCAUUCCCCGCGUGGCUGCCACCAUCAUCACCAUCUCCAUGAUCCUCUGUGCCCCUCUCUUCUUCAUGGGAUGCUCUACCCCCACUAUAGCGGAGGUCUACCCCCCCAGGACAUCAAGUCCUAUACAUCCGCAGCCUCCUGCCUGCCGCAAGGACUGCUCGUGCCCAGAUUCCAUCUUCCACCCGGUCUGCGGAGACAAUGGAGUGGAGUACCUCUCCCCGUGCCACGCCGGCUGCAGUGAGAUUAACGUCAGCUCGGUAGUCUCCAAGCAGCUGACCUAUUUGAACUGCAGCUGUGUGACUGGCGCGUCCUCUUCAGCCAAGACAGGAUCAUGCCCCAUCCCCUGUGCCCACUUCCUGCUCCCGGCCAUCUUCCUCAUCUCCUUCGUGGCCCUCAUAGCCUGCAUCUCCCACAACCCGCUCUACAUGAUGGUUCUGCGUGUGGUGAACCAGGAAGAAAAGUCAUUUGCCAUUGGGGUACAGUUCUUGCUGAUGCGCCUGCUGGCCUGGCUGCCAUCUCCAGCCCUCUACGGCCUCACCAUCGACUACUCUUGCAUCCGGUGGAGCUUGCAGUGCUCAAGGAGGCGCGGGGCCUGUGCCUACUACAACAAUGAUGCUCUCCGAGACAGGUCCACUGUGCACCUGGGCUGGAUGGGCACUGAGCUGGAGGGCCAGGUCUUCUCUGGAUCCUCAGGAGGCUCUCCUCAGUGCUGGAUGACCACCGAAGCAGCCCCUGCCCCUCACCAGCCUUGGGAGGCCAUCUUGGAAGCUGCCAUGUUGGGAAGUAUGGCCAGUCAGUCUCCUCUCAGUUCCCUCAUCCUCAGGCACCAGAGCAGGGACCAAGAAACCCUGAGGCCCCAUGAGGGAGACCAGCCUGGUCCUAAGGCCCCACUUGAAGACGAGGAAUCUGAAAUCGAGGAGAUCAUUGUGGCCAACUUCACCCAUAUAACACCUGGCUGGGUCUGGACUUAA